AUCUCUUUCCACAACUUGUCAUUUUCUGGGGUUUUUUGUCAGUCGCUGUGUUUUGUGUGGGUUGUAGACAGGAAAUUUCCGUGUGCGACAGAAUGGCAAGUGAAUCGUCGAAAAAGGCCCCCAAGGCAAAGACGGCCGAGGAGAUCUUCGCGGAAUUUCAAACACUACGCAAUGAACAGCGCAGUCUAGCCAAUCGGAUAGCGGAAUAUGAGAUGGACUUGAAGGAGCACAGGACCGUGAUCGACACACUGAAGACGGUGGACGAGAGCAGAAAGUGCUUCCGGCUGAUCGGCGGCGUGCUGUGCGAGGGCACCGUGAAGGCUGUCCUGCCGCAGCUUACGGACAGCAAGGAGCAGCUGGAGAAGCUGAUCGGCGCCGUCACGGAGCAGCUGACGAAGAAGGGGCAGGAGAUUAACAAAUUCAAGGAGGAGAACAACAUACGAAUCGGCACACCCGGCGCCGCCACAGCGCCCGCCGAGGAGACCGACACGAAGCCCGACGAGAGCCAGCAGAGCAGGAACGUUCUGGUGGUGAACAACUGAAUCACCUCUGCUCCUCACCAGUUUACUUAAAAGCAAAAGUCUUGUUUCACCAUCGCGCUUCUCACAUUAAAAACAUCAGCCUCUUUCCAGUAAAACGAUUAUACAAAAUAGAUUUUAUUAUUCCUCCGUGAGUAUAACAAUGUAUAAAAGCCUUUAAAAAGUCAAUGCAAGAGAUGUAAAACAAUAUAUAUUUGCUCUUCUGGGAGCUUCAGCUGCAAGAGCAGGGAUACUGAGGAUGGAAACUAGCCAUUAGCUGCAUAUUUUCUCUUGGUUCUUUUUGGCAUAAAAGCAUAUUCGAUAGAAGAAAAACAGUUCCGGAGACUUUGGAAAUGAGAUUAUCACGCUUCAAAAGAUCGUAUACUUUAAGACUGGAGCAAAACUGAUAAUUAGUUCUGAAAGAAAAAUGGCACGUCUAAACAAAAAUUCAACAUAGAGAUUUCAUUUGGCUUUAACUAAACUUAUAUUGACUCGAUUUUCAAUCCAAAAGUCGUUGAUUUUAUUAGCAUAUUCUCAAAAUUGUCGCUAAUAAAACCAACAAAGUGUCUUUAUCAGUCUUUUGUCGAGAUUUUAGCGAAUUCAUCACUCAGUAUCCCUGGUUUUGCGGCGGGAUUAGGGACAAUGCGCGUAGCUGCUGGAGAGAAUGCACAGGAUUUCGUGGCUGCUGCUAAGGACAGAGUGUUUGCGU